AUGACGACGCCAUCCAACCCGCGUUCGUUCAGCUCCUCCGGCUCCAACUAUCCCCCCGCCUCCUCCUCCUCCGACUACUCGCCAACCUCCACCAGCACUCCCUUCGCUACGCCCGCCACACGCGCAACCAGCGUCGCUCCCAGCACCUUCUCGCGCUCCGGCCCGGGCAACCGACGCGCCAAAUUCUCCAUGCUCUCCAGCAGUGCCGCCGACAAGUCCUUGGUUCAGGCUAUCCACGCAAGCCCCACUCCCUCCGGAUCCCGCUCCGCGACCCCCGCUAGCAUGGAAGAUCCCACCAACUCCACCUCCGCUACUGACGAUUCCGCAGAUGCGUCCGCCCCAUCGCUCAGCACGCGUGCCCCUUUCCGACCCGUCGCUCGCGGAAGGCCUGCAGCAGCGCUCGGUGCGUCCAAAGCAACCGCACCGCGCACUCUGUCCAACGCGUCUGCAUCCGCACCAUCCCCCACCACCCUGAGCGCGACCCCAUCCACAUCGGCUUCCAAGCUCCCAUCCACCCCUGCGUCAACGAGUGCAAGUGCCGCUACUCUUGCUGCGAGCGAGACCGGCCCAGCCAUGUCCAAGGACGCCGAAGACUUCUUUGCGCGCGCACAAGCCAUGGGUCUCCGCCUCACCAGGGAGGACUACGAGCGUACCAAGGCUGGCGUCGCCGCUUUCCUCAAGGCCGAACGUCGCCCCGUCGCGCCAUCGUCCGCCAACACCAGCCUCGCCACUCCAAAUGCUUCCGAGUCGAAAGCAACGUCGGCGACGCCCAGCACCUCUGCCGCCGGGAAAGCAGCAGGCUCCACCGAGCCAGCAGCCAAUUCGAGCAGCACGGCAGAGACCAAGCCUGGCACCCUUCCGUCCCGCUUGGCCGCGCCAUCGCCACUAGCACGCGCCGUAGCUCCCAACUGGGCUCGCAACACGAGCAGCCCCGGUCUUUCUUUCUUCACCGCCGUCAUCGAGCCCCAAGACUCGCCCGUCUCGCCCAAGGUCCACCCCAGCCUCGAUCACGUCGGCAGCGCAGAGGAGAGACGCCGCCUCAAGAUCAAGAAGCAGAAGCAACGCUUGCGACUCGAGCGCGAACGAGCUGCCGCCGCUGCCAACGCCGCCAGCGGCUCUCACAAGGGCUCGCAAAGCCUCUUGGGCACGCCUGCCUCGGUCGGUGCGCAGUCCUCGCCAGAGGCUGGCUACACACCUACCUUCCGCACCCCACCCACCAGGACGCACACCAAGAGGGGAAGCUGCAGCAGUGUCAAGUCAGCCACCCGCGUCGGUCUCGGCCUCGACCUCGUCGGCAGCGAUUCCACCUCCAGCUCCGACCCCAACACCCCACCCGAGGCGCUCCAGAGCGCCUUCUCCAGCCGCAGGUUGCGAGGUCGCACCGUCUCCUUCGAAUCUUCGCCCGUCAUCCGUGUCAGCGAAGAGGUGAGGCACUGCACAUCACUCGAAGAGCUCAGCCGUCGUGCAUGGGUCAGCCCGCGUGGCACUCUGCGCCUGCUCAAGUCUCCCGUCGACCACGCCGGCGUCUUCUGCAGCCCCGUGCCCGAUGUCGACGACUCGGGCGUCUUUUUCCACGCCAACGAGUCUGCUACACCCGUCAUCGAGGCCAAUGGUGGCCUUGCAGCCGACGGCUGGGGCACAACCCACCGCAGGACUUUCUCCGAGAGCUCCGCCGGUACCACAGCGCCCGGCGCACUCGAGAGUUUGGAUGUCAAGAUGAGCGGCCUCAGCUUCCUGGACAAGAUCAUGGCGCAGCAGACCAGCCCCAGGCGCCUCUACAAAGAAGAGAAGCGCAGGCAGAAGGAAGCUGCCCAACGCAAGAUGGCCGAGGAGCAGGACAAGGCACACCUCGCUGCACAGCAGGCCGCCGAGGCUGCUGCACGCGCAGAGUACGAAGAGAAGGAGGCUGCCAAAGCAGCCGCAGCUGCCGAUGCCAUCAAGGCCGCCAACCCGGACUAUGCUUCGCUCGUCAUCAGCACGCCAAACGCAUCCAAGGUGUCGCGCAGGUCGCCAGACUCGGUGCUCCGUGCCACCCCCGCCGAGUCCUCCUCUUCCCGCGCAUUGCGAUGGACCACGCUCGGCUCGAGUCCGGCCAACCUGCAUAUGCGCAUGACCACGCGAGAGCACUACGACUUCACCAUGCACGGCAUCUCGCCCAGCCAGCCGGGCCUCGACUCGCUCGAAUCGCUCUGCCACAUCAACUCGACCCCAGGUCCCAUCACCUUCUCCACCUGGGAUGCCGAGCCGCUCUCGACCCUGCGCAAAGGCACCGAUGCCAGCCGCUCCAGCCUGCGUGCUGCAUCGGCGGCAACGCCGGCGGCCCAUUUCCUCCUCGCCCCCGAAGAUGCUCGACCAGAGCUCAUCGGUGUCAGUCCGAGCGUGGGCGGCUUCUUCCAUGCGCGCCAGGCCAGCGCACAGGGCCACGCAAACUCGUCGCUGAUGCGCUCGUCCUCGCACGGCAUGGCCGUCAUGUCGCCUCUCUCGGGCCGUCUGGUCACAAACGUUGCAAGUCGCAUCAGCGACCUCGACUUUGACGCCGACGAUGACAUCGGCAUGCACCCGGAAGAUGCCAAUGGUCUCGGCAAGCCUUUGGGCCUCAACGCAAAGCGUGGCCUCCUGUUCACCGCGCCUGGAGGCACGGCGCUCGAUCCCCCUCCUUCCCUCGCAGAGGCUGCUAGCAUCGAAGAUAUGCCCGGCAAGAUCUUCUCGCUGUCGUCCGCGUCGCCCUUGCGCCUGGGCCGCUCCCUCAGGGCGGGCAACUCGGGAGAUGAGAUGAUCGGUGGCAAGCUACCUUUCGCAAGCCCCCGAAGUGCCCUCGUGCGAGCACAGUCCGGCAGCGCCAUCGUCUCUGGACGAGACCGUCAGCCCUCAGGUAACAUUCGAGACUUCUUGGGUGCCAACGCCAGCGGAAGCAAGCACAAGCGUGCCGGGUCGCGCAAGAUCGAUACCAUCAGCCCGGCCGAUGUCUUUGGCUCGAGCCUGGCGCGGACCAUCUCGGCGCCCGCCGUGGAGACGCAGCUGCCGUUGCCCGAGCCCAGCAAGGGCGAUCGCGAUCUUGGCGCUCCGUCGCAGCACACGCAGGCAGGCAAGAAGGGCAAGAAGGCUGCAGAGGAUCGACGGGCCCAGAGCCACUCUCCUCUCUCACCAAGCAAACAGCUCCCUGCCCAAGGCGGAGUAUCGAUCGUGAUCCAGCCAGCCCCGACGGUGGGUGGGCACCGUGCAGGAAGUGCAGAGCCUUCCAUUGAUGCUUCUGCUGUCGCACCGACCUUCGCGACUCAGUCGGCAGCCACCGACGGUACGGACACCAGUGGCAUCGUCGGCCCCCCAAUCGGCUCGCAGACCGGCUCGACGAAGAAAGCCAAAAAGCCCAAGGCCACGUCGGGAUCUGCGACCGAUCCAGCCGCUUUCAAGGUCGUCGACCUCCCUCGCCAAGACUUCGAGCGCAUGACCAAGAUCUCGCCCGCCGUGCAAGAUGGCGAAGAGAUUGGAUGGAACCAGCCCGAUGGAAGUCGCUUGGUCAAGCUGGUCUCGGAGGAGCUCAAGGCGGCUCUCGAAGCCGGCACGCUGCUCGAGGAGCCUCCGGCGCGCUACUACCUCCUGCCGCCUGGAUACGGCCAGUCCAAGGCCAAGCCGAGCUCGGUGUCGUACGCUGGCCUCAUUGGCCAAGCCAUCAAGUCGUCGUCGGACAUGCGCCUCUCGCUGUCGGAGGUGUACGACUGGAUCAGCUCCACUUACCCCUUCUUUGAAAAGGGCGACCGCGGCUGGCAGAACUCGAUCCGCCACAACCUGAGUCUCAACAAGAGCUUCAUCAAGAUCGAGCGCGAGGCCAACAUGCCCGGCAAGGGCGGCUGGUGGGGUAUCAAGCCUGGUCAUGAGGAUCGCUUCCAGAACGGCCUCUACAACGCCGUCCCACAAAAGUUCGAGGCGGCCAAGGCGCGACAGCAGCAGCAGCUCCUGCAGCAGCAAGGUCAGACCCAGCAGGGUCUGGACUCUCCCGACGCUGUCGAGAGAAGCUUGACUGUCCCCGAGUCCUCGCAGAAAAGCACCGUCGGAGCCGAUGCGGCGGAGGGCAGCGCCAAGAAGCGCAGCAAAGCCAAGCGCAAAAAGACGCAGGCAGGCCAGGCUGCUGGCGACAGCGAGGACGAGUCGCAGCGCGAUGAGAAUGCACAGCCGUCCAAGAAGGCGAAGAAGGACACGCCGAUCGUGUUUGCGGACCGACUGCCGCUGCUCGAGACGCAGCCUCAGAAUGGAGGCCACCUGGGCGAUGGGCCCAUGGCAAUCCAUGGCAUCGAGACGAUCACACCUGUGCGUCCGCACGUUGGUUCGUCGAUGUACAGCAGCAGCGUUGCCGGGAGCAACUACAGCAAGACGCUUCCGGGCCUGGUCGACAGCGCGAGCAGCCCGCCCAGCAGCCCCUUUACGCUGAUGCCGCCGCCCUCGAUGCAGGCGACGGCGCACAACAGUGCACGCAAGCGCAAGAUGGCCGGCAACGGUAGCGGCCAGCUCGGCUACGGCACCGGCUUCUCGCCAUCGGUCUACGGCGGCCAGGGCUCGCCGUUGAAUGGAGCGCGGAGCGGCGCAUAUCGCAACGCGAUGCGCGGAGGCUCGGCGCUGGGCGGUGCGUUUGCAUUCUCAAACGGCAUGGACAGCGACGCUUCGCGCGGGUCGCCACUGCGUCGACAGACCAAGGGCCUGAGCGGCGAGAGCGCCGGCACGACCGCGAACAACUCGUCGGUGACGUCGCCAAAGCGAUUGUGGUCGAUCAGCUCGCCCAUGUCGUCGAUGCGUGCGUCGAUGGGCCCGAUGGGCGCGCAGAAGGGCAUGGACGAGGGCAUGCGCUCGCCCACGUCGGCAGCUCGCGUGGCGGCCGCGUUGGCGCACAGCCCGAUCCGCAGUUCUCCGCUGCGCAGUGGCGCCGCCGGCAUGAUGUCGCCCAACUCGGGCGCACGGCUGCAGAUGCAGCUGGCCAUGGGAGGCUUUGGCGGUUCGGGCUUUGGCGCCGGGCUAGGCAUGGGCUCGGGCUUGACGCCUGGCCGCACUCCUGGCUCGCUGCGUGCAUCGACGGGGCUCUCACCCGGACGCCGCGGUCUUUCGACACACGCGCAGAUGCUUGGGAUGAGCAUGGGCGGCGGCGCACCGCAGAACAUGCAGCAGCAGGCAUGGUUUCUGGACGAUCCGUUUGAUAUGCAGCCAGGCGUGCAGCAGCACCAGCAGCCGCACGCGCAGAUGAACCAGCACCACCCAAUGCACGCGCAGCAGGGCCACGGCGGCAUGGACCCGGGUGCAUCCGGAUAUGGUGCGUAUGGCACGAGCGAUGGCGUCCCCGCCAGUCCACUGAGGAUGGCGUGGAACAGCAUUCAGGCCGCUGGAGGCAUCCAGGCGUUCACCGCUGCGGCGUCCACCGGGUUUUCGCAGUCCGGUCACAAGACCCUGGCUGGGCGAGCCACGGCGGCGGGUUCAUCCCUGCAACCCGUGGGCCGAGGCAAAAAUCGAGCAGAAUUUGCCGGCUGGGCUCUGGGCGCGUCUCGCGUGGGCUUGGAGAUUCCUCUAGACGUCCUUGAGCCCAGGGAGCCCAGAGCGCGUCUCCAACCCGCACAGCGAGCGGCAGCUAGGGUUGCAGCCAGAAACCUCGCCGGACUCUACCCCGGCGGCCGGAUAGCGCUGCUCCUUUCCCCCUCGCUCUGGCUCUGGAUGCACGGCUCAUCCGACGCUGGCGCUCCCCGCGAGUCACCAAGAAACCCAAGUGCCAUCAAGAUGCGUGCUGUUCUUGCCGCCUCCCAGCCUAUAAAGCGCUCGUUGGGUCGUGUUCCUGCCCCAGCAGCUGCCACCGUCCCCCUCCAACCAACCUCUCAUCGCUCCUUCACCACGGCUCCUUCUCGACAGACCGCUUUCCGACCUACCAUGCCUGCUGCUAGCUUUGACGCCGCCGCUUUCGGCGAGACGCACAUCACCAAGGGCAUCGGCCGCCUCUCGAAGCAUGUCUUCGAGGACGGCAAGGGCUCGUGGAUCACCACGGACAAGGGCGUCAAGCUGCUAGACAUGACCGCCGGCAUCGGCGUCUGCAACCUCGGCCACUGCCACCCCAAGGUCACCGAGGCUGCCGCAAAGCAGUGCGGCAAGAUCACCCAUGCUCAGGUCAACAUUGGAUUCUCGGCGGCGCAGAUCGAGCUCAUCCAGCACCUGCUCCCCAUCCUGCCACACCCUUCGCUCGACACGCUCUUCUUCUGGAACUCGGGCGCCGAGGCGGUCGAGGCGGCCAUCAAGCUCGCGCGUGCGGCCACCAAGAAGCAGAACAUCAUUGUCAUGCAGGGCUCCUACCACGGCCGCACGGCUGCCACCGCGGCGCUCACCCGCUCCAAGACGAUCUACGGCGAGGGACACGGUCCGCUCAUGCCCGGCGUGUUUGCCACCUCGUUCCCCUUCUACGCGCACUUUGGCCUGCCGGCGUCGACGGACAUUGAGGAGCUCGUGCGCCAGUCGCUGCAUCAGGUGCGUCUGACGCUGCAGCAGCAGACGGCCCCCAGCGACACCGCCGCCAUCCUCAUCGAGCCCGUGAUCGGCGAGGGCGGCUACGUGCCUGCGCCCGCGAGCUUCCUGCACGGCCUGCGCGAGAUCUGCGACGAGCAUGGCCUCCUGCUCAUCGCCGACGAGGUGCAGAGCGGUUUCGGCCGCACGGGCACCAUGUUCGCCGUCGAGGAGUCCGGUGUGCGUCCCGACGUGCUCAUCUUUGCCAAGGGCAUCGCUAACGGCUUCCCACUGUCCGGCAUUGCGAGCACCAACGAGCUCAUGUCGCGCCAGAAGCCCGGCUCGAUGGGCGGCACGUAUGCGGGCAACGCCGUAGCGUGCGCAGCGGCCACCGCCGUCAUCAAGGCGUUCAAGGACGAGCAGAUUCUCGACAACGUUGCGGCGCGUUCGCAGCAGCUCGUCGGCUUCCUCAAGGAGCUGCAGCAGGACCCCAAGUACGGCCACCUCAUCGAGGACGUGCGUGGGCGCGGUCUCAUGAUUGGCGUCCAGUUCGCUACCAACACCACCAACCCCGCCUCGCAGAACACCACCGCCGCCAAGGGUGCCGCACCCCAGAUCGCACCCAAGAUCGUGGCGCAGUGCCUCGAGAGGAACAUGCUGCUGCUCAGCACCAGUGUGUUUGACGUGCUCAGGUUCAUCCCUGCGCUCAACAUCUCGGAGGAGGAGCUGGCACAGGCGUGCAGCAUCUUCAAGGAGGCCUUCCACGCCGCUGCCAAGGAGCUCGGUCACUAA